ACAAUAGACAUGUUGCACCAUUAUCAAGCAAGUAUACAACAGAAAUGAUUCAGACUCGGUCAUUGUGAUAAAUAAAAAGAAAAUAAAGAAACGUGUUUUUACCACUGAAAAAAAAGAUAUGAUUGACUAAAAAGUAAUAAAUAAUUAAAAUAUCCUAGUGUUUUACAAAUUAAAAUGACAUCUCCAACAACAUCGUCUGCUAUUUUAAUAAACGACGUUGUCAGUGAAUGCAGUCUCAAUGACAGUCGUGACAGUCGCGAUGACAAAGAAAAACUUGUCAAACAGAGAAAUACUCCUCGAAAUAAUUUCAUUUCAUACUCAAACGAUGAUGUUAAUGUUAGAUUCAGGAACGUAAGUGCAGAAGAAAAUUAUGGCUUUAACAGUAUUAUGGAAAGUGUUUCCAAUCGGCAAUCGAGGAGACUCAAUACUGGAGAAUUAACUCCUGGAGCAACGAAUUUCCUUAGCACAAAUUAUGAGAGUCUGGAUUAUGAUCCCUGUGAAAAUAAUCUACUUCUGGAUGAAGAAAGAAAAAAGGGAUAUAAAUUCGUGAUUAAAAAGAAACUUGCAAGAUGGUUCAUUUUCCUAUUAAUAGGAAUUUGUACGGCUGUGAUAGCGUGCUUUGUAGAUAUAUCAAUCGAAGAAUUAUCAAAUUUAAAAUAUGGAUUAUUAAAAAAAUAUGUUGACAAAUGUGCAAUAGAAAAUUGUCUAAUAAUACCAUACAUAAUUUGGUUAGUUAUAAAUUUAUUUGUAGUUAUAAUAGGAGCAAUUUUAGUUGUAUAUGUAGAACCCAUAGCAGCAGGAAGUGGAAUACCACAAGUGAAAUGUUAUUUAAAUGGAAUAAAAAUUCCACGAGUUGUAAGAAUAAAGACAUUAGCUGUUAAAAUCAUAGGAGUUAUAACGACAGUUGUCGGAGGUUUAGCUGGUGGCAAGGAAGGACCAAUGAUUCAUUCCGGAGCAGUUGUGGCUGCGGGAAUAUCUCAAGGAAAAAGUACAACAUUCAAGAAAGACUUGAAAAUUUUUCAAUAUUUUCGUGAGGAUCAUGAGAAACGAGAUUUUGUCUCCGGUGGCGCAGCUUCUGGUGUUUCUGCAGCUUUCGGAGCACCAAUCGGUGGUGUUCUGUUCAGUAUAGAGGAAGGAGCGAGUUUUUUUAAUCAAAGUUUGACAUGGAGGACAUUUUUUGCGAGUAUGAUAACAACAUUCACUCUGAACAUUAUUCUAAGUGCCUAUCAUCAUCAUCCUGGUGAUCUCUCCUAUCCGGGUCUGUUGAAUUUGGGAAAAUUCGAGACCAUCAACUAUCAGAUUUAUGAAAUUCCACUAUUUAUGUUAGUGGGAACAAUCGGCGGUGCUUUUGGAGCACUUUGGAAUCAUUUGAAUUACAAAAUAACGUGCUAUCGAAUGAAGUACAUUAAGAAAAAAUGGCUUAAGGUUGUUGAAGUAUUACUUGUCGCUACAAUGAGCACAACAAUGGGAUUUUUAAUGAUGUUCUUUCUUAGCGACUGUCAAGAUUUGGGCAAGGAUCCAACGAAAUUUCCAAUUCAAUUAUUUUGCAGUAAUGGCCAGUACAAUGCUGCCGCCGCUCUUUGGUUCCAAACACCCGAGAGUACAGUUCGCUCUCUUUUUCACGAUCCUCCAGGUUCCCACAAUGCUGAAACAUUGAUUAUAUUCGUUUUGCUCUACUUUUUUUUGGCGGCAUGCACUUUUGGACUUUCAAUGUCAAGUGGACUAUUUAUUCCAUCGCUUUUAAUUGGCGCUGGUUGGGGCAGAUUAAUUGGCUCUGGAUUAACUGACAUUUUACCAUCACUUAAUUUAGAUCCUGGAAAGUAUGCAUUACUUGGUGCUGCAGCACAAUUGGGAGGAGUGGUGCGAAUGACUAUUAGUUUAACCGCAAUUUUAAUAGAAGCAACACAAGGAAUAUCUUUCGGUCUUCCAAUUAUUAUUGUUCUGAUAAUGUCCAAGUGGGUCGGUGACUUCUUUAAUGAGGGAAUUUAUGAAAUUCAUACGCAAAUGGCAGGAGUACCUUUGCUUGCCUGGGAAGCACCACCUUUGUCAAAUAAUAUUUAUGCCAGUGAAAUAAUGAGCCAUCCAGUGGUAUCAAUGAAAACAAUAGAAAAUGUUGGCCAUAUUGUUGAAGUUUUGAGAUGUGUUACUUUCAACGGAUUCCCGGUGGUUGAUCCACCAAGUGGAGAUCAGGAUGAAAUUACGUGCUAUGGACGAUUUCGAGGACUCAUCUUACGCUCGCAGUUAUUGGUUAUUUUGAGAAAUAAACUUUUCAACGAAUACGCUGAUUUUUGGGAGGAAAGAUUGGACAUAAAAAUAUUUAGAAACGAAUAUCCCAGAUAUCCAACCAUAGACGAGGUGGAAGUCACAGAAGAAGAAAAGACUUUUAUGAUAGAUUUAAGGCCUUUUAUGAAUCCAACUCCCUACACGUUGCAACAUUCAGCAACACUGCCUCGAGUAUUUCGACUCUUCAGAGCACUGGGACUCCGGCAUUUGCCAAUUUUAAAUGACACUAAUGAGGUUGUCGGUAUGAUAACGCGAAAAGACGUCGCCAGAUAUCGGAUAUGGAAGCAUCUGGGAAAAAUGGGUUUGGAUGAACUUUUAAUAACAGAUAAAUUCAAUACGUCUUCUUAAAAAAGUGAAAAAUAUUUAUAAUCUCAAGUUAUCUUCUCAUUUUUUUUACAAUUAAAAUUAAUUUUUUUUAUAAUUAAAUUUUAUAACUUAUUGAUAUUAUUUGUUCUUUGUAAAUUGUACAGCACUUUUUGUACAAUAAUCGACUGAUGUACAAAAAUCGACUUAUUUCAAAUAACCGAAAAAAACGUUGAAAUAAAGUCAGUUUCUAUUUUAAUAAAAA